AUGGCCAGUACUGAAAAUGCGGUACUCGAAGACAUCUUUCGUGCCCAUGAUAGACUGGUUAGAGUCUAUGAUCGACAAGAACGCGAAAUAAUUGAGAAACACAAAGAUAAUUACACUAAAGCUGCAACUAACCUUGAUCGUAAGCAGGUGGUGUGCGAAAUACUACCUGAUCUUUUCAAUUACUGGAGUAAAACCAGAACCGUAAGCCGUAGUAAAGAAUUUAUGCAGGAGGAGGCAAAGAAACUACUUGCAUGGAUCCGAAACAACUGGAGGGGGGAGAAACUUACUAAAGCAGCCACAAUGGGUAAAAAAUUGAAGCGCACGACUGUUCUCUGGUAUAACAGAAGAGACGAAGUCUACAAGGAAAUUGCUAGUAUUCUGGGAAUAGAAUCAGCAGGAGUUGGGACACCAGGCGUUUUCGAAAACCGCAUGAAAGCAAUGAGCAACAUCAUUUCUCGAAUGUCCGACCGCGAAAAACGCCAGCUGGAUGUGGAAGCAGCAAAUUAUGCAUCCGUGGUUUACUCUGAUGAAGACAAACGCAAAAAAGCAAAGAAAUAUGCCUUCAAGAAGCUAGAUGAGGCAGCAAACCAACAAUGGGCAGAAAUGGGAUUAAUGAGUAUCACAUUUGUUUGCCAGAUUAAUGAAUCUGGCCAACUCUCAGUCCAAGUUCAUGAUCAAGUAGCCAGUGUUAUUGGGGUCUGUUCAACACUAUUUGAAGAGCAAAAGCCAGAUGAAGUAACACAGAUGAAGAGGCUAAUCAGUACCUAUGUCCGUGGAUUAUUAAACGCCAAAGAAAGAGCAACAUCUGGGAUACAUAUAACAGCAAAAUCUGAUCUAUUAAUACUUGAACAAGAUGCCGAUGGGUUCCCAAUCUUACCUCAAGACUUUGAUGCAUCCAAGGUCAAUAGAAAAGACUUGGAAUCACUGCUCCGUCUUUACCUUGGUCAAAACUAUAAACUUGCGACACACGGUCGGACUUCGCAAACCCCCUACGAAGCAAUUGAACUCUAUCAAUCCAAAUUCAUCUCUCCAGAAUAUUUACCACCCCGCUUCAAGCUGAAGCGACCCCAAUUCCUUGACCUUGAAGACUUGCGCAAAUUAUUUACACAUCUCCGAUCACGUCAAGAAACAUUUCCACUCAGUCAAGUGUUUCGCUUUCACAAGGUUAAAAAGGGGAGAAAAGGAGAGGAUGUGGAAGAUACAUGGUAUCCCGAUGAGAUUCGCAAUGUUGACACAGAAAAACCCAAACGUCGGCCUCCACCACCCAAAAAACCCAAGAAGCCAAAGAAAACUCCAAUGCGAAUUGAGGAAAUGCAGGGUGCAUCAAGUCUGAUUACAUUUGACUCCACCCAGGAAUCUAUGCAUACUGGGACUGUAACACCUCCCAGUACCAACAUAAUUUUGGAUUGUAUGAUUGAUCCAGCAUUGCGAAGUGGGCCUAUUAGCAGCUCCAAUAAUGUUGUGGAUCCAAAGGAUGCAAGUCAACAAAUCUCUGGCACUCAAUCCUCUGCAACUCAACCCCCUGCCAUCCAAAGUUCUCAAUCCCGACCCCGACCCCGACCUAGGAAACCACCUACUACUCCAGCGGAGAUUGCAGAGCAUCAGAAGAAUCAUCAAGAACUAGAGGAUGCAUGGCGGGUUUCUGACCAACUACUUGGGUUGCAGGUGCCAACAAGUUCAGUUGCACCCGCUCCUGUACAGGGACCCGCACCUGUAUUGGCAUCCACACCCGCCCCUGAGCCCACAUCCACACCUACUCCUAUGCAUGCACCCACUCCUGUGCAGGAACUUGCUCCGGUGUUAGCACCACCUGCCCCUGAGCCCACAUCCACAUCUGCUCCUGAGCAGGAACCCGCUUCUGUGUUAGCACCACCUGCCCCUGAACCUGCAUCCACACCCGCUUCUGCGCAUAAACCCGCUCCUGUACAUGCACGAAGGAAACGAAAAGAAGUAGAAGAAACAUUGAUUAUUGAGGGAAAACGGGCCCGACGCCCUCGAGAGCGAACUAGUUAA